AUGCCACCCUCACCACAAGCAGUGACGGACGGGUCCAAGACGUGGUCUCCCUCGCACUUGUUCUCGAGCGUCGUCGAGGGGAAUGAUGAGGCAACUUCGACAAUGGCUUCCGCUCCCGCUCCAGCUCCAAGGGUCUGGGACAAGAUCCACGCGCACCUCCAGGCAAACGAGUUCCGCGCCGCCAUCGCCUCGGCCUUUGAGUUGCCCGCCGGCGACAACUUCACGUACCAUGCCACGGCGUCGGUGAACCUCGCGCAGGCAGAGGCGGCGAUUCGCGCUGGACGGGUCAAUGGCUUGCACGGGUGGUAUGUCGAGCGUGUUUCGCCUCCACCUGUACCUCCGUCUGCGCCGGCAACUGGUGGUAGUGACGGUGUCGGCGAGAAUGAGCAUGGGCAUGAUGGGGAUGGUGAGAAUGAUGAUGAUGAUGACAAGAACAACGACAGCGACAAGAACAACGACAGCGACAAGAACAACGACAGCGACAAGAACAACGACAGCGACAAGAACAAGAGCAGAGACAAAUAA